AUGUCAUCUUUAUAUGGAAGCCAGGUACCCUGGCCAGAACUUCUUCCACCGCAAUCUGCGCAGGCCCGCCAAUCAUUAUUUGGAGGCCCAAGCAGUGAUGUCUUGCAACCUUCUUCUCAGCCAGAACCGCCAAGAAGUUCUCUUUUUGGAGGCCCCAUCAAGCAAGAUUCUCCCCUACAGCCUUUUUCUGAAGCAGAUUCCAUUGAUGAGGAGCUAGACCAAAAGGAAGAUGAAUUUGACACGAUAAUGCGAGAACAGCCCUUGGCGUCCCAGCCUGACUCUGAUGACGAAAGUUAUCAGGGACACCAUCGUGGCAGAAGUCGUGUACGCUCAAAAAGGGCUCGGGAGUCUCAGCAUGACCCAAUUUACUACGUAGUUGACCGAGGUCUUGAUCUGCCACCCGGGGUUGAGCGUCCCAAUCUAUUUGAUGGGCACACCACUUCGUGGAGGAACUACAACGCCGACGAGAUCGGAGCCUAUAAUGCGAUAAUUACCCACCGAACCAGAGAUUUGGCGGCUCAUCUUUAUAAUGCCCACGUGGUUCGCAGGCGAGCGCGGGAAACUGCCCGGAAGUACCCUGGGGUCGUUGACAAAGCGCCGCUCCGUGUGAACAAGCGAUGGACUGCGUGGCCUGUUCAUGCAGCAACAGUUCCCCGCGCCAACGAGACUAUCCAGAGGAUAAUGGAUGCCCCUGAUAAUUUCCAAAUGCAACCUGAUUCCCGACCCAGUACGGAAUUGGAAGACUGCAUCACGGCGUUCAUACUGAAGACCUCCAAGGAGAACUUCCAAGCCCGAGAGUUGAAUUUUGAAGAAAUUGAAGAUAACUCCUGGAAUAAGUUGGACGACGGGGAUGAACUGAUGGAAGAUGAAUUGGAUAAAAAGGAGGAGGACGAAGAAGAAGCACUUGUCGAUACAAGGAUCCUCCAACCAACAGUCCUACUCGAUGACGACCAAUCACUUCACCAAUUACGUCCACUGACCCGCAAUGUGAUCUUCCAACUAGACCGGCUGCUAUACGGACUGCAUUGCGCCAUGAAGGGUCGCAAGUAUGAGGAAGAGUCUGGUGACGAGCAAUGGAGUGAUUCGGACGAAGAAGACUACCUGACUCGAGAGAGCAGCAAGCGCGGAAGCAGAAGUCGAUCGCGUGGUCGGAGAAGUGCUCGACAGGAGACUCAGGAACGGGAAUUAUCACGCCGUUCCAACAGUGCACGCAUAUCCACUGGACUGGAAACGGAAGAUGAAAGCUUGCCAGACGUUUCCCAAACCCGAGCGCAAUCACGUGACUCAUCUGCUGGUCCCGAUGGCAGUUAUCACAGCAAGGGCCGACUCAAACUGCGAGACUGGAGUGAAGUUCUGGGACUGGCAUCAAUGAUGGGCCUCCCCACUCCCGCGGUAAUGCGCGCGUCAAAGCGAUGCGCCGACCUUUUCGGCGAAGAUAUGGAAUUCCGAAUAAUGCCCGAAGGAAAGGUAAAGAAAAAGCGCAAGGCAGAUGCUCGAGAAGAAUAUGCCUACACCGAAAGCGAAAGUGAAAGCGAUGCCAACCCCCGGCCAAGUCGCAGGCGCGAACCCAAACCUGAGCUUGAACCCAAAGCCACGACGAUGAUACCUAAAGCCAAGGCAACGAUACCCAAACCCAAGACGACGAAGGCGACGAAGGCGAAGAUACCAGGCCAGCGACGGUCGAGGUUCCACAAGACUCCUGCAAUCGUCCCUCCCUCCGCAUCCCCAUCCCCAGUCCCGGAGGAACCGACAGAACCAACGGAACCAGCGGAACCAGCGGAAGUUAUUGCAGAGGACACAGAACAAGCCGGCGAUCAGGAGCCAAAGACGGCUAAACCAGGCGUUGGAAAGGGUCCUCAUCGGAAAGUGGAUAUUCUCUGUCCUGUCCGGUCUUGCACUCGACAUACGAAUGGAUUUUCACGAAAAUGGAACCUCAACCAACAUUUGAAAAAGGCUCAUGGUAUACAUGUUGCUCCUGGGAAUGAAGCCUCGAUUGAGCGGGAUGAUCCAGUUGUCUUGAUUGAAUAG